GCGCCCCCUGCUGCUGCCCGCUGGGACGGCGGGGAGCAUGGCGGGCGGGGGUUUGGCGCGGGAAGCCGCGCAGCAGAUCGCCGCCGGAGGCUCUGCCGGCCUUGUGGAGAUUUGCUUGAUGCACCCCCUCGACGUGGUGAAAACCAGGUUCCAGAUUCAGAGAGGGUCAGCAGAUCCAAACAGGUACAAGAGCGUCGGCGACAGUUUCCGGACCAUUUUCCGUACCGAAGGGUUGUUUGGUUUCUACAAGGGAAUCCUUCCACCCAUAUUGGCCGAAACACCCAAAAGAGCCGUGAAGUUUUUCACCUUUGAGCAGUACAAGAAAUUGCUUGGAUAUAUGUCACUGCCCCCAGGAUUUGUUUUCGCAAUUGCUGGACUAGGAUCAGGACUGACAGAAGCCAUUGUGGUUAACCCUUUUGAGCUUGUCAAAGUUGGCCUGCAGGCCAAUCGGAGCACAUUUGCCCAGCAGCCAUCCACUCUGGCCUACGCCCGCCAUAUCAUUAAAACAGAAGGAAUGGGACUCCAAGGAUUGAACAAAGGUCUCACAGCAACCCUCGGCCGUCACGGCGUUUUCAACAUGGUUUAUUUUGGAUUCUACUUCAACGUCAAAAAUAUCAUUCCUGCCAAUAAGGAUCCAACUUUGGAGUUUUUGAGAAAAUUUGGGAUUGGACUCACCUCGGGCACAAUAGCCUCAAUCAUUAACAUCCCCUUCGACGUUGCCAAGAGUAGAAUUCAAGGGCCGCAGCCUGUUCCUGGAGACAUCAAGUACAGAACGUGUUUUCAAACAAUGGCAACAGUCUAUCAGGAGGAAGGGUUUUUUGCUUUGUACAAAGGAUUGGUGCCCAAGAUUAUGAGACUUGGACCAGGUGGAGCAGUGAUGUUUUUGGUGUAUGAAUAUACCUAUCUGUGGCUUCAGGAAAACUGGUGAUUCAAGAUAUGGCCUAUAAGAUCAUUUUCACCAUGAAAUAAUGGCCAUCUACAAUGAGGCAUGAUUAAAUGAAAAGAACAGAAUAAAACAGUAGAUUAGAAAGAAAAGCAGAAAACAGAAAUGUUGUUCAAUGUUUAGGUUGCACUGAAAUAAAUCUCUGAAUGAAUUCAUACAUUUUAAAGUUGUAAUUUUGACAGUAGCGUAGGAACUGUGGGGACAAACAGAAAUUUUCUAAAAUUUUUCAAUUGGGCUAAAUACAAAAGCAAUAAUGUAGGAAUCACUUGCAUUUCAUAAAGAUGGCUUCAACAAAUUCUAUUCAGUGACUUGCUGACAGACAUUGCACUUAAUCUUCAAUUUAGGAGAAGAUCUUUCAAUAAAAAUCAGGUCACAGAAAAUAAUAAAUCUAAAGCUGGACUUUAGAAAAAUACCAAAUUUUUUGUCCCAUUUUAACAAAAUAUUCCCAGAAGGACUAGAGGAAAAGCAUAUUUUUAAAGCUUACUAAUCUUUUAAAUGCAGUAAACGUUUUAAAGCUGCAUGAAAAUAGCCAUAUUUCCUCCCGCCUUAAUUUUUAAAAUGCCACAGUGACAGUAUUUUUCUAAGUGUCCAUAUAUAUUCCGACCUUGAGUUUUCUAAGUGGUCUUUAUGUGGCACCAUGCUGUAAAAACAAAUUUAUAUGUGUUCAAAUUCAUAAUCAUAUUUCACACACUAGAUAUUUUCUCCUGAUUUCUGUAACACUUUGCUCCAAACCAUUUUGUGAACCAAUGAUGUUUAUGUGAAACCUACUGCCUAAUAUCAGAGGUCUUUCUUUUUCAAUUGGAAAGUGCAAACUCUUCUUACAAUAAAUUACUUUCCAUAA